CCUAUCUGAGCUGCCCGGGAUCCUAUCUGAGCUGGCAAAGCGGAGGGAUCGGGCCCCAUCGCUGUGGUUCCACCCAGAAGGCGGACCGACCGAGCUGGGUGGGGCCGGGCGCCCGGUUGCCACUCUCAGCCAGGCGGUUGGGGGGCGCAGAAACCACUAGGCGUUGCUGCCGGCGGGUGGACGGUGGAACGGAGCCGGCCCAGCAUGGAGUGGUGGCAGGCAGAAGGUGGGCGCCGUCGCCCUGGGGACCCUCCCGGAUGGACGCGACCCUGGAGAACGGGGUUCCUGGCAGCUUUCGUCCUCAGUUUUUCCUUCCUGUUGGCUCAGGGCCAACCAUCGUUAAGUAAAACAGCCAUGUACAACAUCACGAUCUUCACGGAGCCACCAGUGGCGUUAGAAGGGCAGACUGUCAAUCUGACCCUCAAAUACAACGCGGCCAACUUUGCUUUCUGCAACUGGUACCGAGGGACCGACGUUAAAGAAAAUUUGAUCGUCACUUUCUACCUCCCGCCGAUCAAUGGAAACACCACUGGGCCUUCCUACACCGGGCGUGAAGUUGCAGGCUUUGGCUGCUCUCUAUUCAUUAAUAACUUACAUUUGAACGACUCUGGAACCUACGUGGUGACCAUGAACGGACCUUCGGUGCACGGGAAAGGAGAUGUAAAAAUACAAGUCUUAGGUGCUGUCCUUAAAGUCACCGUCACCGGGCCUUCUCAUGUGGUAGAAAACCAACCUGUCACUUUUCGUUGUUCCUCUUUGGGUUUCAAUGUUUCCUACUCCUGGUUGAAGGGAGGCCAACCGAUUGAAGCAGGAGGGAAUUUCCUUGUGGAGAACAACAACCUCACGCUCCUUUCAACUUCUCGGAGUGAUGCAACCAGCUAUACCUGUUCUGGGCAAAAUAGCUUCUCGGCCAACAACAGCGAGCCUCACCGGCUUGAAAUCUUCUACGGGCCUGAACACCCCGUAAUCAGCCCCCUACAACGAGUUUACAAUGAGCAUUCCACUCUGAACCUCUUCUGCUCUGCCGUCUCUAAUCCACCUGCAAAGUUUUCUUGGUAUCUUAAUGGAGAACUUUUGCAACAACACAACGAUUCUCACCUGACCCAGCGUCUUACUCUGAAGAACGCUGGAAACUAUACUUGUAAAGUUACCAAUGUUGAAACUGGACUUUCGAACACCGCCAUUCUGGAGAUCAGCAUUCGGGAGGCCAUCAAUCAUAUCUCCAUCAGAGACCCUGGCAAGGUUGUCGAGAAUAGCACCACAUAUCUCAACUGCACAGCCUCUGGCUUUAAUGUUUCCUACUAUUGGCUUAAGGGGAACCAGAAGCUGCAGGCAGGAGGCCACAUAUCUUUAAGCAGCAAUGGUCAAAACCUUAGCUUGAGUCGAACAAGCCGUCAGGACUCGGGAGUCUAUACUUGCAGUGGGAUUAACAGUUUCUCUAACAACUCCGCCAACUACACACUGAAUGUCUUUUAUGGGCCUGAUGCCCCAGUCAUCAGCCCCGGUGGGCAGUUUUAUGCAGAAGGCUCCAAUCUCACCCUCUCCUGCCAAGCUGAUUCCAACCCACCCGCCAACUAUACAUGGUCCUUCAAGAACUCUACCCAUUCAGGGGGGAUCUAUCAGCUCUUUCGCUUGUCUUCUGCCAACAAUGGGACCUAUACAUGUGAGGCCUCCAACAACGAGACCAAACUCUCCCAGUCUAAAGUCCAGCCAAUCUGUGUCCUGGAAAAACUCUCAAAGCCAAUCCUGUGGCCUUCAAACUCUCUUGUGGCUGAGAACGCACGUUUCACGCUGAAUUGUAGCACCUCCAGUAGUUCCACGGUCAAAGUCACCUGGUCCAAGGACAGUAAACCUUUCCCAACAAAUGUAGAAUUUGACCAUGAAAACCGAACCCUCACACUGCGCAAAUUCCAACAACCAGAUGCAGGGACCUAUACUUGUACGGCCAAGCACCUUCUCGGCGCCGCCACAAGCAACCCCAGUAUACUUACACUGGCAUACGGGCCCAGGUCUGCUCAGCUGAACCGGACAGGAACCAUAGAGGAACCCCUUGGUUCUGAAUUGGUUCUCCAGUGUUCUGCGGAAUCUGUGCCUCGGGCCAAGUUUGAGUGGUUCUUCAAUAACACAGUCAACAAUGGGACGGAGGACACGCUCAAUGUUCACUUGAAGGACUGGGAAGAUGAAGGCAAUUACACCUGCCAGGCUAUGAACCCCUUCACCACCCACACGACUUCGGCCUCUGUCUAUGUGAAAUUGACAGAUGAGAGUGCGAUACAGCCCCGUAUGUCGGUUGCAGCCAUUGCUGGGACAACUAUCGGUUCUGUGGCCGGAGUGGUGCUUUGCGUGAUCGUUGUCUAUGUCAUUUGGACCAAGGUUUCCUGUUGGAAGAAGGAACAGCACGCAUCCAAUGGAAACAUACCCUCGGCACCCGGCCACAACCAGGCCACUGAUACCAAGUCCAAACUGGGUGAAGAAGACAUACAAUAUUCAACACUAGCUUUCAACACAAAAACUGCUUCUCAACCACUCUCAAAAUCCCCCCGGCCUUUGGACAGCGGUAUCAUUUAUUCUGAAAUCAAGAAAAAAUGAUUGCGGGUUGAUCUUUGUCUGGAGGGGGAGAGGUUAUUUAACCCAGGAGCUUCCCCCCCCCCCUCCUUCGGCUUCCUUCCUCUUUCAGCUGGAUUCUGGUGGCGAGCUUUGAUGGGGAAGAAGGGAGGAUAAAAAUGAUCUUCUCCCAAGAAAGGAAGGGCAAGAAACCUCUUCCCACAUGAUCGUUUACUGUCCAGAUGCCGCCCAGCCUCUCAAGUUGGAUGCAAAACAGCAACAACAGCGGAGUUUCUCUCCAGGAUGUAAUGAAAGGGUUGGCAGCCUCGUGCGAGAGCCAACACGUACAUUUUUUAUCAUGUUAAGACUUCCGUGCGGGCAGUGGGGAGGCUGUUUCAUUCCCCCUCCUCAAACAGGGCAGGAAGCAAAACAAGAGGUUGCAUUUUGGGUUCUCUGCCUUCCCCUCCCAUUCUCAUCCUCGCUGCGAUUCCUGAGUGGUGCCAAACGGUUCUUUUGUUUUGUUUUGCAAUUUGAGUUUGGUGUUUGCAAGCCAGCUGUGGCUCCUAACCCUCCUGGGCUUUUUCCUGCCACGUGAAAAAUAAUUUUAAAAAAACAAAAAGGUCUCGUUUCUUCAGAAAAGCAUAUGACGUGCUUGCUGGUCCUCACUGUUUUUCAGAAGCCAGAGGAGCUGAUUUUUUCCCCCAGUCAGAUUCCUGCCGCUUCUAGAUCCUCAAAUAUCUCUUGGCAUUUUUUUUUUUUUUUAAAUCAAUAGGUAGAUCAGUUGGGCCUCUGUCCCCGGAGGUUGCGGUGGGAGGCGGUGACGACAAAAGGGCAUUGUGAUUUUCCUUCUGGAACCGUUCCUUGUUUUCUCCAGAUCGGCUACACCAAUUAGAAGAGACAAACAAACGAAGAACGAUCAGGAGCCAGAUAGUGACGGGAGCAAUGAGGUUCCGGUUUGACAAAUAAUUUUUCCCAGGUUUAUUUAUUUAUUUUUCUCCUGCAAACUGGCAUUUGCUGGGCAGGAGGGAAGGAAAAAAGUGAGCCCCAGGCAGACAGAGAUUUAGUUACCCCUUACCCCGGUGAGGUUUUCCAUAACUCUUGAGCACCAGAUGAAAAUGUCCUUGGGGGCUUUGUUGACAAUUCCAGAACUUUGGAUGAACUUUCUGCGGAAAAAGCUUGGCAGUCCCAUCUCUUUUGGGCUGGUCCCAGCUCUUCAGGUCGACAGCUUGGUAGGACAGUUUGGGAUACGGCACGGAGCUACGAUGAGAAGAAGCAGCUUUUCAAUGACCUGCUAGCGUAGAAGAAUUGAAAAAUGCAGGGCCCAAACGUCAGAUGAACUCCCCCGCUGCAGAAAAAUGCUUGAGCUAGGCAGAAAAGGAAGGCUGCCUCGUUGAAGGCAUCCAAGCAUGGAGAGAAGGUGUGUUUAGCCAAGGGUGUCUCUUCAUUUUGGUGGGGAGGGGGGCGGGGAAGCAACUUUAACAGUUAAACGGUUUGCCUUGCUUCCACUUCAUGGUAUUAGAAUUAACCGGUCUGCCUUGCCUCCAAAUGCAGGCCAUUUAAGGUCUGGAACAGGAGAGAAGAAAAAUUUAUUUUAAAUAUCCACUGCUCGACGUUAGGAUAGCCAUUUAGGGCGUUUAGGGCUCCCCUCCCUUUCCCCUUCCCUGUUUCUUUCCUUUGAUCAAAAAAAUAAAACCCGCCAGCCUCCCCCUACCUGGCACGAUAGCAUCUCAUACAACCGGAGCCUCGCACAAUUAAUUGUCAGGUGUGGCCGCGCAACUUGUGAUCGCACAACGAAGCUUUGGAGCAAGAGGACAAUGGCACAGUGUUUUGGGAAUAAGGACGUCGCAUGUAACCUUCCCCGGUCUCCAAAUGAAACCAUCAUCUGCCAUCCUAUCUUUUCUGGAAAAAGCGGAAUCUGAGAAGGAAGAUCGAGAGACCUCAUGUAAAUUGUCGUGUUUGGCUUGGCGGGUGGUUUCCCCGUGGUCUGAAGCUGAUUUUCGAUGGAUGUGUCUGGAUAUCUUUUUUUAAUUUAAAUAAAAAAAUAAAACGGAAGGGAAAAGAA